UAAGUGAUCCGUGCACCCCCACUCAGCGACAUCAAAUUCGCACUUGGCGGCCGCCCCGCGGCGCCGUCCGUGAGUAAACUAUUACCGCCCAAGACACUCAGGUCCUGCCUGUCCCGCCAAAUCUUUCAGCCCUGUCAACACCGCCCCUCCGACAAGAACCCCGCGAUACGUACGAUAACCACCUGCCGAACCUGCGAAAGGCUCACAGCCUUGCCAACGUACACACCGCCGACCCGCGCCUCCUCCAAACGUAGCAACAAUGGCGGCCCUGGCUCCCAAUCCCACUGCCGCGGCGGCGUCCACGUCGCAACCCAGCGACGCUUCCACCCCCUACGUCUCCAAGUGGUCCUCUCGCUACCGCGGUGCCACCAUAGAAGACAUCGACCCCCCCGCUGCCCUCUCCCUCACCCCGACCGACCCCAUCUCCCACGCCCUCAUGUCGGCCUUUGAGCGCGACUACACCCAUUUGACCGUCGUCGAUGCCCACCGCGCCCUCGUCGGCUACCUCGCCAUCCCGCACCUCCAGGCCCUGCUCGACGCCGGCAAGGUCUCGCCCUCGGACCCGCUUUCCAAGGCCAUGGUCCGGUUCCAGCGCAAGGGGCGCAAGUACCGCGUCAUCACCAUGCAGACCCCGCUGGAGGAGCUCGAAGCAUUCUUCGAAGGCGACGGCGUUGAGGGCCGGAAGAGCCACUUCGCCGUCAUCACGGACGAAAAGAGGAGGUUCGUGCUUGGCGUCGCGACGGUGCAGGAUCUGGAGGAGUUCGUCAAGAGGAGACCGGCAUGAAGACGUCUUUA